GGUUAACUUUUGUCUUUGCCAUUUGAUCUGUAUAUAUAGGUAGCCGCCUCAUUGACAUCGGCAUGUGCACAAGAAGAGAAGCAUCAUCUUCUUCUUCCUCCUCCCUCUGCAAAUUCAUCUACUAGUGCAACAAGUGGUGAUGAAGACCAACACGGUGGGAUUGCCCGAGACCUCCGCAGCAUCCGGCGAGGUGCUAUCCGACGCCUGGGACUACAAGGGCCGCCUCGCUGUCCGUUCCCGGACCGGCGGCUGGACCGGCGCCGCCAUGAUUCUGGUGGUGGAGCUGAACGAGAGGUUGGCGACGCUGGGGAUCGCGGUGAACCUGGUGACGUACUUGACGGGCACCAUGCACCUGGGCAAUGCCGAUGCGGCCAACGUCGUCACCAACUUCAUGGGCGUCUCCUUCAUGCUCUGCCUCCUCGGUGGUUUCGUCGCCGACGCCUACCUCGGCCGCUACCUCACCGUCGGCAUAUUCACCGCCGUUCAGGCUUCCGGCGUGACCAUUCUGACCAUAUCGACCGCUCUGCCGGGGCUGCACCCGCCUCCGUGCGCCGACACGGCGUCCGGAAGCUGCGCUGAGGCCUCCGGGCUGCAGAUGGGGGUGCUCUACCUGGCGCUGUACCUGACGGCGCUCGGCACCGGAGGGCUCAAGUCGAGCGUGUCCGGGUUAGGCUCCGACCAGUUCGACGAGACGAACAGCGGAGAGAAGGCGCAGAUGCUGAAGUUCUUCAGCUGGUUCUUCUUCUUCAUCAGCCUCGGCUCGCUGCUCGCCGUGACGGUGCUGGUGUACAUCCAGGACCACCUGGGCCGGCGGUGGGGGUACGGGCUGUGCGCCUCGUCCAUCGUCGUGGGGCUGGUGGUGUUCCUAGCGGGGACGAGGAGGUACAGGUUCAAGAAGCUGGCGGGGAGCCCCCUGACACAGAUCGCGACGGUGGUGGUGGCGGCGUGGAGGAAGCGAGGCCUCGAGCUGCCGUCGGAUCCUUCCCUGCUGCACGAUAUCGACGCGAAGCAGGCGGCGGCGGCAGAGAACGGAUCAAGGAAGAGCAAGGCGAAGCAGAGGUUGGCUCACACCAAGCAGUUCCGUUUCCUGGACAGGGCUGCCAUCAACGUGAACACUAUCGCGGACAAGCACAGCAAAUGGGAGCUCUGCACCAUCACUGACGUGGAGGAAGUGAAGACUGUGAUCCGGAUGCUGCCUAUCUGGGCCACGACCAUCAUGUUCUGGACCGUCUACGCCCAGAUGACCACCUUCUCGGUGUCGCAGGCCAACACCAUGGACCGCCACGUCGGCCGCUCCUUCGAGAUCCCGUCCGGCUCCCUCACCGUCUUCUUCGUCGGUUCCAUCCUCAUCACUGUGCCAAUCUACGACCGCGUCAUCGUCCCCGUCGCCAAGCGCCUCACCGGCAACCCCCACGGCUUCACCCCGCUCCAGCGCAUCGGCAUCGGCCUCGGCCUCUCUGCCCUGGCCAUGGCCUCCGCUGCCCUCACCGAGAUCAAGCGCCUCCGGGUGGCCCGGUCGGAUCCGGCCGCCCUCGAGAUGGGCGCCACUGUCCCCCUCAGCGUCUUCUGGCUCAUCCCGCAGUUCUUCCUGGUGGGCGCCGGCGAGGCCUUCACCUAUGUCGGCCAGCUGGACUUCUUCCUCCGGGAGUGCCCCAAGGGGAUGAAGACCAUGAGCACGGGGCUGUUCCUGAGCACGCUGUCGCUGGGGUUCUUCGUCAGCACCGCGCUGGUGGCGGCGGUGGAUAGUAUCACGGGGCAGAGCGGCCACGGUGCGUGGCUCGCCGACAACCUCAACCACGGUAAGCUCAACAACUUCUACUGGCUGCUGGCGGCCCUGUGCCUGGUGAACUUGAUGGUCUACCUGGUGGCCGCCAAGUGGUACGUGUACAAGGACCAACGACCGGCGGUGGACGACGACAGUGUGGCCCGGGUCGAGCUGACGGAGGAAACCUUUCACCAUGCAUGAUGAGCCUCUUCUGUUCGACAUCAGCUCUCCCUCUCUCGGCGACCUCCUUUCUUUUUGUAUGUAUGGAUGUAUACAGUCCUAAAGGUCCGAUCGAUCGAUGACCUUCACUGAGCUGCACGUGUCAUUUCAUUCCACCAAUGCAUCGCAUUUCAGUUAACCUACAAAA